GCCGCUGUAUUUUCAUUACGAACUUUAUCAGAAGUCGAAUUGUUGUGUUUAUCGCUUUGUUUAACGCCACUCUCGGUGGUUCAGCUGUGGUGCAAAUGUGCAGCCAGCGAUGACUAAUUAAUCAAAACUAGCGCGGAACACCGAGGAAUCCCCCCGUAGAAGAGUUCGAUCAAGAUGUCGACUAUUGAUUGGGGCGACUUCGCCUGGAACUGGACGCAAUUCUGUCCCACGGGACUGAAGCCGUUCGCCAACGAGACCAACGAUCUGCUGCCCUGCUUCCAGAAGAUCCUGCUCCAGCUGCCCAUCUACACGAUCUUCGCCGCCAUAUCCGCCUACAAUUUCGGCAAUCAGUCGCGGCCCGUCGUCCGCAAUGGACUGCAACUGCGGAUGUUGUACAUCCGGGCCUUCCUAGCCAUCGUACUGGCCCUGCUCCCGGUGGCCAAGGUGUUCGCCUUCCACCAGCAGGGCGUUGAACUCUACGCCGUCGAUCUGCUAGUGGUUAGUGCCGAGUGCAUUAUGUGGGUGGUUCACAGCGGUUUCCUACUGACGGCCCGUCAAUAUGGAGAGCUUAGUCAUCGCGGAUCGCUGCUAAUCAAUGUCGUUUGGCUGACAGUGGUGGUUCUGGAUGGGGUUUGGUUGCGGACGAGUCGCCACUUCGAUUGGUGGCCCUGGAGCCUGGCCACGCUGCUCUGUGAUGUGUUAUUUGGAGCCACCUUGAUACCCAAAGGAAGUGCUGUUUAUUCCAGUCUGCCCAGAGGAGGAGCAUCCGGCAGAGAGGAUGAAGCUCUGCUAACCCAGCGAUAUACCUAUUUCCAUUUCGACCUGAAUGAGAGCCACUUGGGUCAUGCCCAGGAUGAGGCUAACUUGGGAUCGCGAUUCCUCUUCCAAUGGGUACAGCCCCUAAUCUCCAAGGGAGUGGCUGGAAAGCUGAGAAAGAUUGAGGAUCUGUUUGAUCUCCCUGACGCACUGAAUAUCACGCGAUUGAGCGAAAGGUUGCACUUGGCUCUGUCCCAAUCGCAGAGUUUAUGGAGAGCACUGCACAGAUGCUUCGGAGUGGAGUUUUAUCUCAUUGGAAUCCUUAGACUAAUCGCCGAUCUGAGUGGCUUUGCAGGGCCUCUGCUGCUCGGGGGACUUCUCAGACAGGAUCACACGGACCCCAACCAGGUGUACUACUAUGCCUUGGGACUAUUUGGCAGCACCUUGCUGUCGGCUGUUUGUGCCACCCAUUUUGACUGGCGCAUGGCCAUGGUUUCCAUGAAAAUGCGAGUGGGAGUGGUGAACUCCAUAUACAGGAAAGCACUGGAGGCGAGAGGCUUAAAGGAAUCCAAACCAGAUAUGCUCAAUCUCAUGUCAACGGAUACGGACAGGAUUGUGAACUCUUGCAUCAGUUUCCACUUCUUCUGGAGCAUUCCCUUCAAGCUCUUCACCACAUUGUACCUGUUGUAUCUUCAGUUGGGAGCCGCCUUUCUGGCGGGAGUAAUGUUUGCCGCCCUAUUGAUUCCCAUCAACAGAUGGCUUGCCAAACGAAUUGGCAUAUAUUCAAGUGGCUUGAUGACGGCCAAGGAUGCCAGGCUGUCUGCUACCACGGAGACAAUGCAGGGAGCCAAACAGAUCAAGAUCAAUGCCUGGGAGGAUAUAUUCAUUACCAAGAUUCGAGGACUGCGACAGAAGGAGCUGCGUUUCUUGUCGAAGAGGAAAUACCUGGAUGCCAUGUGCGUUUACUUUUGGGCCACCACUCCGGUGCUAAUGUGCCUGCUUACUUUCGGAGUAUCCGUUCUGAUGGGCAAUCAGUUGAUAGCUUCAACGACCUACACCAGUGUGGCCUUGCUUUACAUGCUCAUUGGCCCUCUGAAUGCCUUUCCAUGGGUGCUCAAUGGUUUAAUCGAAGCCUGGGUAUCCAUUAAGAGAGUGCAACAACUGAUGGAUGUGCCCAACUUGGACUACUCCUCCUACUACAAUCCCAUAAUGAGAGGAAGCGGAGGAUCGGGAGGAGCAGGAGACGAUGCCCCCUUGGAUGCUCCCAAAGCCAGUGUGCUGCAGAUGAAGUGCGCUAGUUUCUGUCACGACGGUGAUGAGAGCACAUCACCCACUUCUUUCCGCUUAAAAGAUAUAAACGUGGAUAUAAAAACGGGUCAGCUCGUUUGCAUCGAAGGUCCGGUGGGAGGUGGUAAGAGCAGCUUUCUAUCCGCCAUAGUAGCUAAUCUACAGUGCAUCGAUGGCGAGGUCUGCGUCCAGGAACUGACCACCGGAUUUGGCUACGUACCGCAGUCACCAUGGCUACAAAGGGGAACCAUCAGGGAUAACAUCGUUUGGGGCGCUCAGUUUGAUGAGCAGUGGUAUAAAACUGUCCUGCAUGCGUGUGCUUUGGAGGAGGAUCUCCAGAUCCUUGGAGGUGAUCUCGUUGGCGUGGGUGAGAACGGCAGAACCCUUUCCGGAGGUCAGAGGGCAAGAGUUGCAUUGGCUAGAGCUGUUUAUCAGGAUAAGAAAGUUUACCUUCUGGACGAUGUGCUCUCCGCUUUGGAUGCCCAUGUGGCCAGACACAUUAUCAAGCACUGCAUUCUGCGGCUGCUUAAGCACAAAACCCGCAUUGUGGUCACACGAAGCAUCCAGUUGUUCUUUAACGCCAAUCAGAUUCUCCAGGUGAAGGAUGGUCAACUUCUACCCAGUGAAUACAUGACCCAGAGCAUUGAUCUAAGUCUGGACGAAGAAGUGGAUGAUGACCAGGACGAAGCAGUUAGGCGACGUUCAGUGGAGUUGUCCAACCAGGAUGACAAGAAGAGUGUGGAUAGUCUGCUUUUGGAGGAAUCCCGAGAGUACGGACAUCUUUCAGGGAAUGUUUUCGCCUGCUACUGGAAGGCAGUGACUUCUCCACUGGCCAUUACUGUAUUGCUGUCUGUAUUGCUCAUGCAAUUGACGAGGAAUCUAAGUGAUGCCUGGCUGGCUUAUUGGGUCACAGAAACAACUUUGGAUCCUCAUCAAAAUGAUACUUCACUGGCGCAUGAAUUGCUGGGAUCUGCGAUGGGAAAUGAAACGGGAUCGGGACACACGACAGGAUUCUAUCUGAGCAUAUUCACAGCCAUCGCAGUGAGCAAUUCCUUGGUGACCCUGGCAAGGGCGUUUCUCUUUGCUUAUGCUGGCAUAAAGGCAGCCAUCUUUAUGCACGAGAAGCUCUUGAAGAAGGUCAUGUUUGCCAAGUUCAAUUUCUUCGACAUCACCUCUGUGGGUCGCAUUCUGAAUCGUUUUUCAUCGGAUACCAACACGGUGGACGACUCCCUGCCCUUCAUUUUGAAUAUUCUGUUGGCGCAACUUGCCGGCUUAGUGGGAGCUCUCUGUGUCAGUCUGUAUGCGAUGCCUUGGCUGGGUCUGGUGAUCAUUCCAAUGGUACCGAUCUACCUGAAUCUACAGCAGCGCUAUCGCCACGCCUCGCGGGACAUCAAACGGCUAUCGAGCAAUGCCAUGUCACCGCUCUACACGCAAUUCACGGAGACACUUCAGGGAUUGACGACGAUAAGGAGUAUGCGUGCUAGUCCGAGAUUCCAAAGGGAUUUCCAAGUGAAGCUCGAGGAGAGCAUUAAGGCUCAGUUGACACAAUCGGCUGCUCAGCAGUGGUUAGCUCUUCGCCUGCAGUUGCUGGGAACACUUCUGGUUGGUGGUGCAGGUCUCCUGGCAGCAAUUACCGCCUCGCACACCACCAAUCCUGGCUUGGUGGGACUCUGCAUCUCCUAUGCUCUCUCCAUAACUGGUCAACUGGGUGAUCUUCUGCAUGCUGUGGCUGAAACGGAGCAGGAAUUGGUCGCAGUGGAGCGCAUAGACCAGUAUCUUCAGUUGGAUGAAGAGCAGAAUGCCUCCGGCAGCGCUGAUCCUCCAUUUGGAUGGCCCACCCAAGGAGUUCUGAGUUUCCGAGAAGUACAGCUCAGUUAUAGAGAGCACUUGGUACCGGCUUUAAAAGGUAUAACCUUCCAAACGGAGGCCUUCGAGCGGAUUGGCAUCGUGGGACGCACUGGAGCUGGCAAAACAUCUGUACUAGCUGCCCUCCUGCGAGUGGCACCUUUGUCGCAAGGAGAGAUUCGAUUGGACCAGGUCAAUCUCAAAACUCUGGCUUUGAGUGUCCUUAGGGAACGGAUAGGUGUUAUCACCCAGGAGCCCUUCCUCUUCGAAGGCACUGUGCGCGAAAACCUGGAUCCGCGCCAUAGCUUCUACGACUCGGAGAUUUGGAACGCCAUUAAAAACUCGGCGGCGGCCACUCUGCUCGUCCAGCAGUUGGGCGGACUGGAUGGCCAAGUGGAGGCAUGUGGCAACAACCUCUCCGCUGGACAAAGGCAACUCCUUUGCUUGGCGAGGGCGCUGCUCAAAAACGCCAAGGUGGUGGCCAUCGAUGAGGGUACUUCCAACCUGGACGAUGAAUCCGAUUUGAGCAUUCAGCAGGCCUUAAGGAAUGCCUUCAAGAGUUGCACUCUGCUUUUCAUUGCCCACCGGCUGCGGGGACUUCACGCCAUGGAUCGGAUAAUAGUGCUGGAUGAUGGACGGAUUUGUGAGGAAGGCAAACCCAAAGAUCUGGCCUCCAAUAGCUCAACCAUUUUUCAUGGAAUGCUACUCGCCCAGGACAUUAAUCCAGAGGAUUUCUCCAGACCGAACUAGCACUAAGUAUAGACUAUAAAGAUCCAAUUGUAUAUAAGUCAAUUGUUAUGAUUUAAUUUAUUGUCCUUCUUUUAAUUUGUAUUUUGUACUUGUGUUCCUAACUUAUGAUUCCAUUUUGAGUUUACUUAACAAAUAACAAACGAAAACUAACAUCCAUUGUUCUAGCUUUAUUUAAUUGUACAAAUAUGAAUUUGAUUGACAAGCUAUUUUUGUAGUGAAGAGUAGUUAGCUCCGUACAAAGUUGUUACGCUAAAACAAAUAUAUAUAUAUUGUAUUAUAAAAUA